CGGACAAGAAAAAGCGCUUCAGUCUCUGUUCUGUCUCUGUCUGCUGCCAGUUAGUUUAGAUCCUCUAGUUUCUUUUUUUUACCUCUACUUUUAACUUCUUAACUUAUAUUUUUAUUUAUUCUGUCCGUCUAAACUUGAGGAAAUCAAAAUGCUUUCUGCUCGCUCUCCACUUUCCGUCAAGAAUGAGAACAAACUCAGCAGCGAGAUCAACAACAUGUCGCUGGACAAAGAAAACACGCCUCCCAGCCUGAACAACACCCGCAUCUUGGCGUCCAAAACCGCGCGUAAAAUCUUCGACGAUGCUACGCCCAAAGCUGUGACGAAGAGCAGCAGCAGUGAGGAAGAGCCGCUGCUGAAGGAAAACCCUCGUCGCUUCGUCAUCUUCCCCAUCCAGUACCAUGACAUCUGGCAGAUGUACAAGAAGGCUGAGGCCUCUUUCUGGACCGCAGAGGAGGUGGAUCUGUCGAAGGACCUGCAGCACUGGGAGUCUCUGAAGGAUGAGGAGAGGUACUUCAUCUCUCAUGUGUUGGCUUUCUUUGCCGCCAGCGACGGCAUCGUCAACGAGAACCUGGUGGAGCGCUUCACCCAGGAAGUGCAGGUGACAGAGGCCAGAUGUUUCUAUGGUUUCCAGAUUGCCAUGGAGAACAUCCACUCAGAGAUGUACAGCCUCCUCAUCGACACAUACAUCAAGGACGCCAAAGAGAGAGAAUACCUCUUCAAUGCCGUGGAGACUCUGCCGUGUGUGAAGAAGAAGGCCGACUGGGCCAUCAACUGGAUCGGCAACAAGAGCGCCAACUAUGGAGAGCGUGUGGUGGCCUUCGCUGCCGUGGAGGGAAUCUUCUUCUCUGGUUCCUUCGCUGCCAUCUUCUGGCUGAAGAAGAGAGGCCUGAUGCCCGGCCUGACCUUCUCCAACGAGCUCAUCAGCAGAGACGAGGGUCUGCACUGCGACUUCGCCUGUCUGAUGUUCAAACACCUGCUGAACAAACCGUCCGCAGAGACUGUCACCAGCAUCAUCAGGAACGCCGUGGAGAUCGAACAGGAGUUCCUGACAGAGGCUCUGCCGGUGAAGCUGAUCGGGAUGAACUGUGAGCUGAUGAAGCAGUACAUCGAGUUUGUAGCCGACAGACUGAUGCUGGAGCUCGGCUUCUCAAAGAUCUACCGGGUGGAGAACCCCUUCGACUUCAUGGAGAACAUCUCUCUGGAGGGAAAGACCAACUUCUUUGAGAAGCGUGUGGGCGAGUACCAGAGGAUGGGCGUGAUGUCCGGCCCCACAGACAACACCUUCAGGCUGGACGCAGACUUCUGAGGACCGAGGUGGACGGACCAACACUCAGACGCACAUAGAUGAUUUUCACUUAUGAAGCAGGAAGUUUAAAAUAUCACAUUGGGCUAACAUGUCAAGUUGGACUUUCUAUUUCAAACAAAUCCAUGUUGACCCUGUGAUGGACUCUACCUCUCACCCAGUGCAUGCUGGGAUUGACUUCAGCACAAUAAGACCAGAAGAAGAAUGGACUGAUUCUCACUACUAUACAGAACAUUUUAUAACAUUUCACAGCUGCUGAGCUGUGAUGAAAUCAAUCAGACUAUUGGAGCACUGCAGCCUGUUUUUUGUAAAUAAAGUUUGUUUUUAGCUGUAUUUUGUAAUCUUGAGAUUUAUAUUAGUUAUUUUAUAUCAGUGUGGUGUUUUAGGAUACUUUAUUGUAUUGAAUUGCACAGACUUCUGUGUUUUGACAUUAAACUUAUCGGUACUGUA